UGGCUGUGAGAAGGGGGCUCGGGGCUGGGCUCAGCCGCACUGUCCAAUCCCCGGCGUGUUUCGGGCUGCCUGCAUUAAAGAAAGCUGCUUAAGGCCAGGAGCAGCAGGAAUGUGGCCAGUCGGGCACUGGCCAGCGAGAGCAGCAGAGGGCAGCGACCCCCCAUACAGCUGGCACAGUUGAGGGGACUGGUGGAGGAGCCGAGUAGGGGUGGCCAAGGAGGUCAGCUCUGGGUCCAGACCCAUCUCUGACAGUGGCCAGAGGGGUGCAGACUCUCCCCAGCCCCUGGGGCAGGAGCUGUGGGCGCCUCUGGAUUUUACCUUCCAUCGCCCAGGAGUGGCCAACCCGCCAGCGCGUCCCAGCCCCGUGGCAGGGAGUGGGCUGAGGACGCCCCGUGUGUGCCACUGAGCCCUGGCCGGCUUCCCCCGGCCUCUCCCUGGUGCUCCCAGGGCAGGUUCUCCCCUGCAGCCCCGGAGAGGCUGUUGCUGAGGCUGGAGAAUGUGGCUUGGGGUCUGGUCGCGCGCCCAGAGUGCACGGGGUACAUGAGGUGUCCCCUCGAAGGCGAGGGAGUGUGCUGCCCCCGGCUGGGCCUUGCCGAGCGUCUUCCUUUUUCUGCUAGCUGCUGAGACACCCAGGGGCGUCUGUGGAGUGGGGCCGGGCUGGGCCCAGAGGAGCUGCAGGGGCUGGGCUGAGAUUGUGUGUAGCAGACCGUGAUGCAGGACUGCAGGUGGGUCUGGCAGGGGAGGCUGUGGUGCCCACAUGCAGUGAGGCUGGCUGGAGGCCGGGCAAGGAGGUGCCUGUCGUGUGGCUGGGGGGGCAGAGGAAGGGGGAACUGGCACGCAAGGCCAGGCCUUCAGCUAAGUUGCUGCCCUGUGCUGCAGCCCCACAUCCCUGGCCAGGGGCCAGGCUCCAGCCCAGGGCCUUAAGCUGGGCUGCCCGGCCACGAGGGGGAGCCCAGCCAGGUACCUCGCUCCACACGGCACCUAGGGGAGAUGUGAGCUGAAUCCUGCCUGGGGCCUGCUGCCCCCCCCUACCCCUGACUUCCACCCUGGUGAGGGGCCCAGAGUAUGGGUGAGGGGGAAGCCAACGGGUGUCUCAGCUGCUGGGGGGUGGGGGGUGAUCCCCCUUUUGGGGGAGCAGUGAGGGUCUCUGAGCAGGACUGGGACUGGGGGCACCAGAGGCUCAGAAAGGGAGGGGCAGGGUUGCCCCUGCUGCCCCCAGAGGUGGCUGUCUCAGAUGCUGCCUGGGGAGAGCCCUCAGGCUGAGCAGCGAUGGGUGCAAAGCCCUCAGCUCCCUGGCUGCAGAGUCAGAGCUGGAGGGCAGGCACGGGGGCCAGUGACUGCAAUGGGAUGGUUUUACGUCUGGCCCCUACUGCGAAUGACUGGCCUGGAGGAGCUGAGCACUGGUGGGGGUUCUGAGCCCACGCCAAGUGGGCCCCGGCACCUGGCUCUGCAGGCUGCUCCGCACGGAGCCGAGCGACCCCUGGGGAGAACCACGGGCCGCACACUGCCCUGAGCCCCUGGCUCCCCGCCUGGCAGAGCUGCUGGAAGCUGGACUCUCCGAGUAGCCUCCUGACUGCGCGGCACCGUGCUGGGGCAGGUGGGUUUGUGUCUUGGGGAACAUCCAGUCCUGUUGACCCGAGGGAGCUGGGGUGUCUCCUUUGGGCAGCCCCACUGGCGGGGGCAGCUGCGGUGGGAAAGCCGAGGCAGGUCAGUCUAAUCUGCCCUGGCUCCGCAGGAAUGUGGAAGUUCUGGCUCCGUGAAUCUCCCGUAAUCAGAGCUGAGCUGGGCACUGGCAGAGCAGCUCGGAAGGUGAUGCUGCCCCCACAUUUCAUUCUGAGCCCGAGUGAGAAAGAGAAGGGUUAACGGGCCCGGGCACCGGCCACUCGGCCUGCACCAUGAGCCGCUGCCAGGUUUCCUCCAGGAUUCACCACAUCGUCUCCUCUGCCUUCGAGAGUCCGGAGGCGGACGCCCUGGGCCCCGGCUCACCCGCGGCGGUGGAGGAGGAGGAGACGGACCUGAACAAGACGCUGGGGGUGGAGCGCUUCGAGGUGAUCCUGCACGACUCGCACCCGCGCAACGGGGAGGAGGCCGGCCGCAGCUACGGCGAGGAGGAUUUUGAGUAUCACCGCCAGUCGUCCCACCACAUCCACCACCCCCUCUCCACACACCUGCCCCCUGACGCCCGCAGGAAGAAGGGGGGGCAGAAGGGCAAGAAGAAGCGGCGCCGGGCGUCCGUUCCAGGAGAGACCCCCACCAUCGAGGAGGCAGAGGAGGAUGAGGAUGAAACCUGCGACACAGAGCCAGAGCGGUCGGCCGAGGAGCUGCCCGGGGGGAUCCAGGAGGACGAGGCUGCUGAGCGCUGCCCAGAGGAGCCCACGGCCCCAACGUCUCUGCCAAGCUCCCCCAUGGAGCUGGGGGGGGCUGCAGCUACGGACCCCAAGGGGACUGGCCCCAGGGCCGAGGAGGAGCGUGGGCCUGACGGGCCCAGUGCAGAUGAGCCCAGCUGCCCAGGCCGCCCCAUUCCCAAGUCUCAGCCAGGGCACCGGAGCUACAACCUGAACGAGAGGCGGCGCAUCGGCAGCAUGACGGGGGUGGAGCAGGCCCAGUACCAGAAGGUGCCCACGGAUGAAUCAGAGGCCCAGACGCUGGCCUCGGCUGACCUGGACUACAUGAAGAGCCACAGGUUCGAGGACGUGCCUGGGGUCCGACGGCACUUGGUCCGCAAGGGCGCCAAGGGCCAAGUCGUGCACGUCAGCAAAGACCACACAGAGCCGAGCGCCCGGCUCAGGAAACACAACCGGCAGCCACACGAGGUCUUCGUGGAGCUGAACGAGCUGGUGGUGGACAAGAACCAGGAGCUGCAGUGGAAGGAGACGGCGCGCUGGAUCAAGUUUGAGGAGGAUGUGGAGGAGGAGACCGAUCGCUGGGGGAAGCCCCAUGUGGCCUCCCUGAGCUUCCGCAGCCUGCUGGAGCUGCGCAAGACCCUCUCCCAUGGGGCCGUGCUACUGGACCUGGACCAGAAGACGCUGCCAGGGGUGGCACACCAGGUGGUGGAGCAGAUGAUCAUCUCGGACCAGAUCCGGGCCGAGGACCGCGCCAAUGUGCUGCGGGCGCUGCUGCUAAAGCACAGCCACCCGAGCGACGAGAAGGAUUUCUUCCCCCGCAACAUCUCAGCUGGCAGCCUGGGCUCCCUGCUGGUGCAUCACCACAGCGCCAACCACGUGGGCGAGGGCGGCGAGCCCGCGGUCACCGAGCCCCUCAUCGGCACCCACGCUGCCGAACAGGAGGCCAGGGUCGAGGUGGAGCGGGAGCGAGAGAGCCUGAGCUCGGCACCCCCAGCUGGCAUCACAAGGUCGAAGUCAAAGCACGAGCUGAAGCUGCUGGAGAAGAUCCCGGACAACGCGGAGGCCACGGUGGUGCUUGUGGGCUGCGUGGAGUUCCUGGACCAGCCCACCAUGGCCUUCGUGCGGCUGCAGGCGGCCGUGGAGCUGGACUCGGUGCUGGAGGUGCCCAUACCCGUCCGCUUCCUCUUCGUGCUGCUGGGGCCCAGCAGUGCCAACAUGGACUACCACGAGAUCGGGCGCUCCAUCUCCACUCUCAUGUCCGACAAGCAAUUCCAUGAGGCAGCGUAUCUGGCUGACGACCGGUACGACCUGCUCAGCGCCAUCAAUGAGUUCCUGGACUGCAGCGUGGUGCUGCCGCCCUCCGAGGUGCAGGGCGAGGAGCUGCUGCGUACAGUAGCCCACUUCCAGCGCCAGAUGCUCCAGAAGCGUGAGGAGCAGGAGCGCCGGGUGCUGCCAGGCACUGCGCUGGAGCCCAAGUCACCCGCUGAGAAAGCGCUGCUGAAGCUGAAGGUGGUGGAUGAGGAAGCGGAGGAUGAGGACGACCCCCUGCGGCGCACGGGCCGGCCCUUCGGGGGGCUCAUCCGUGAUGUGCGCCGGCGCUACCCCAAGUACCUGAGUGACUUCAGGGACAGCCUGAACCCCCAGUGCGUCGCCGCCAUCAUCUUCAUCUACUUCGCCGCGCUGUCACCGGCCAUCACCUUCGGGGGGCUGCUGGGGGAGAAAACCCAGGACCUGAUCGGGGUGUCGGAGCUGAUCAUCUCCACGGCCGUGCAGGGCAUCGUCUUCUGCCUGCUGGGCGCCCAGCCGCUGCUCGUCAUUGGCUUCUCCGGGCCCCUGCUCGUCUUCGAAGAAGCAUUUUUCGCAUUCUGCACGACCAACGGGCUGGAGUACCUGGUGGGGCGCGUGUGGAUCGGCUUCUGGCUCAUCCUCAUCGUGCUGGUGAUGGUGGCCGUGGAGGGCAGCAUCCUGGUGCGCUUCGUGUCCCGCUUCACCCAGGAGAUCUUCGCCUUCCUUAUCUCCCUCAUCUUCAUCUACGAGACCUUCUCCAAGCUGGCCAAGAUCUUCCAGGAGCACCCCCUGCACGGCUGCGGGCGGGCGAAUGGGACGGGCGCGGAAAAUGGCAGCCUGCCCCUGGGGAACGGGCCGGCGGUGACGGGGCAGCCCAACACGGCCCUGCUCUCACUGGUGCUCAUGGCCGGCACCUUCUUCAUCGCCUUCUUCCUGCGCAAGUUCAAGAACAGCCGCUUCUUCCCUGGGCGGAUCCGUCGGGUGAUCGGGGACUUCGGGGUGCCCAUCGCCAUCCUCAUCAUGGUGCUGGUGGAUUUCAGCAUCCGGGACACGUACACGCAGAAGCUGAGCGUUCCCAGUGGCUUCUCAGUGACGGCCCCGGAGAAGCGGGGCUGGGUCAUCAACCCCCUGGGCGAGGGCAGCUCCUUCCCCGUCUGGAUGAUGGUGGCCAGUGCCCUGCCGGCCGUGCUGGUCUUCAUCCUCAUCUUCAUGGAGACCCAGAUCACCACGCUGAUCAUUAGUAAGAAGGAACGCAUGCUGCAGAAGGGCUCCGGCUUCCACCUCGACCUGCUGCUCAUCGUGGCCAUGGGCGGCUUCUGCGCCCUCUUCGGGCUGCCCUGGCUGGCGGCCGCCACAGUGCGCUCGGUGACCCACGCCAACGCCUUGACGGUCAUGAGCAAGGCCGUGGCCCCCGGCGACAAGCCCAAGAUCCAGGAGGUGAAGGAGCAGCGCGUCACGGGGCUGCUGGUGGCCCUGCUCGUGGGCCUGUCCAUCGUCAUCGGGGACCUGCUGCGACACAUCCCCCUGGCUGUGCUCUUCGGGAUCUUCCUGUACAUGGGCGUCACCUCGCUGAACGGCAUCCAGUUCUAUGAGCGCCUGCACCUGCUGCUCAUGCCCCCCAAGCACCACCCCGAUGUCACCUUCGUCAAAAAGGUGCGCACUCUGCGGAUGCACCUCUUCACGGGCCUGCAGCUGGCGUGCCUGGCCGUGCUCUGGGCCGUCAUGUCCACCGCUGCCUCCCUGGCCUUCCCCUUCAUCCUCAUCCUCACCGUGCCGCUCCGCAUGUGCCUGCUCACCCGCAUCUUCACCGCCCGCGAGCUCAACUGGACGCAGAGGAGGCGGAGCCGAUCUUCGACGAGCGGGAAGGGGUGGACGAGUACAACGAGAUGCCGAUGCCCGUGUGAGGGGCACCAGCAAGCGACCCUGUGCAGGGCUGUGGGGCACAGGCAGGCCCCCGGCUGCUGCGCCAUCACCCGGACCUGCGCCAUCUCCAGAUCUGUGGCCGCUUGGACUGUGCCCAGCUGGGGCAGGCGCCCAGCACUCCCCCAGUGCCUGUGCCACACCAGCCAUGAGACGCUCACUGUCUCGCCCCACCUGCCAAAGGAGCUGUUCAGCGCCCUGCCCUGCGGGGGGCCUGCCACCUGCCCUGGGCAGGGAGUGGGCCGUGCCGCCUGCCCCCAGCCACUGCCGUCCGAACUGCAUCGUGUGCUGGACCCGCUCCCGCAGCAUCUUGUGUGCCCCUUGGUGGGGUGGGGGGGCUGUCCUCCCUGCUCCAGCCCUGCCCCACCAGCCCUGUGCCCCACCCCGACAAUCAGGUGUUUCCUAAAUUCAGUGGGGUUUUAUUUAAGAGAAUAAUUUAACUGUCAAUAAACAGCUUUCUAAGGAACAUGGGGGGCCUGGCUUGGGGGCUGCGGAGGGGCUCACACAACAGGCCUGGAGCCAGCAGCUGCUGCUCAGGUCGGUUUGGUGAACACGUUUGUGCAGCAAACCCGUGUGUCACCCCAGCACUAUGUAACCGUCACGGGCCCCAGUCCCACUGGCAGGCUGGGCAGGGCCAUGGUUGGGCAGCAAGCAGCCCAGUGCCACCCCCCCCCCCCGGCCAUAAGCUAGGCUGGGGCUGGGACAGGGCCAUGGGGCAAAAUCAGGCCUGCACAACACCCCUGAGUACCCCGGGGGACGUGUUACGGGGCAGAGUCGCCUUGUGCUCCCGUUCCUGCCCUGCUGCGAGCCUGGCAGGGCACAGUGCAAGUGGGGCUGGGGAAGCUGCAUCUCCCAGGUAGGGGUCACUUGCUAGGGCCACACCCUGCCCUCCUCAGCCUAGAGCCAGGCUGGCACAUUGCUGGCAGGGCCAGUCCCCUGGCAGGAUGCAGCAGGCA